UAAUUGGGUGAGACAACCUCCGGUGAUAACUCACAUACAUUUGCUCUCCAUAGAGCAGCCUGGUGGGCAUCCAGACAGGGGCAACCCAGCACACACAAAAUCUGCAGCUGAAUUCACUAUGGCAACACAGAAGACCACAAAAAAGGAUCUGCUAAAGGCUGAGGAACAGCAGCAAGCGAGUGCUGUCAAUCGAGUCACCAGCCUGCCCUUGCUCAACUCUGCUUUUAACCUGGUCUCAUCUGCCUACAACUAUACCAAGGAGACCCAUCCUUGCCUCAGCGGUGUCUGCAAUGUGGCUGAGACCAUGGCUGCUGUUGCAGUGGGUAGUGUGGUUGGUGGGGCACAGCCCAUCCUGAACCAACUUGAGCCGCAAAUUGCACUUGUAAAUGAAUAUGCCUGUAAAGGACUGGAUCAGCUGGAGGAGAACUUGCCUUUUCUUCAACAGCCAGCAGAUAAGGUAAUCUCAGACACCAAGCAACUGGUUUCCACCAAAGUGACAUCUGCUAUGGAUGCUGCCUGCGAGGCAAAAGAAGCAAUGGCCAAUAAAGUGACCGAAGCUGUGGACCUCACUAAAACUGUUGUUGGGGACAGUGUCAAGCUGACCAGGUCAGUGGUCACUUCCACUAUUAACAGUGCUGUGGAGGCUGCUCAUGGUGCCAAGGACCUAGUGACCAACAAGGUGACUGAAGCAGUGGACCUCACAAAACACGUGGUGGAGGACAGCAUUGAACAGACCAAGUCUGCUGUCGCUUCUACUAUUGUGAAUGCUGUGGAGGCUGCGCAGGGUGCCAAGGACCUAGUGACCAGCAAGGUGACCACCAAGGUGACUGAAGCAGUGGAGGCUGCACAGGGUGCCAAGGACCUAGUGACCAACAAGGUGACUGAAGCAGUGGACCUCAGUAAACACGUGGUGGAGGACAGCAUUGAACAAACCAAGUCUGCUGUUGCUUCUACUGUUGUCAAUGCUGUGGAGGCUGCCCAGGGUGCCAAGGACCUAGUGACCACCAAGGUGACCGAAGCAGUGGAGGGUGCCAAGGACCUUGUGACUAAUAAGGUGACAGAGGCAGUGGACUUCAGUAAGCAUAUCGUGGAAGACAGUGUUGGACGGACCAAGUCUGCUGUUGCUUCUACUAUUGUCAAUGCUGUGGAGGCUGCCCAGGGUGCUAAGGAUCUAGUGACCAACAAGGUGACCGAAGCAGUGGAUCUAAGUAAGCACAUGGUAGAAGACAGUGUUGGACGGACCAAGUCUGCUGUUGCUUCUACUAUUAGUGCUGCUGUAGAGGCUGCCCAGGGUGCUAAGGACCUAGUGACCAACAAGGUGACCGAAGCUAUGGACCUGACCAAAGGGGCUGUUCAAGAUAGUGUUGAGAAGACCAAAUCAGUGGUCACUUCCACAGUCAGUACAGCUCUGGAUGCUGCAUAUGGCACCAUUACUAGCAAAAUCAAUACAGCCCUGGAGCAGGGCAAAGAGGCUCUCCAGGAGGGUGUGGAAAUGACCAACUUGGUGGUGACCAACAGCAUAAGCAAAGCCAAGGCAGUGAGCCAAGCAGUGGAAGGUGGUGUGGAAGCUGUCCUGGGUAUGUCAGAAGACCUGGUGGAUCACUACCUCCCCAUGACAGAGGAGGAACUAGGUAAACUGGCCACCUCUGAGGGAUCUGGGAUGGCUUCUGUGGAGGAGCAGAGGCAGAACAAGAGUUACUUUGUGCACCUGGGCUCCCUGUCGAACAAAGUGCAGCGCCGAGCCUAUCACCUCUCCCUGCACAAACUGCAGCACCUCAGGCAAAGAACCCAGGAGACUCUCUCCCGGCUCCAGCUGGCAAUAAAACUGAUUGAGUCUGUGAAAGGGGAGGUUGGCCAGAAGCUUCUGGAUGGGCAGGAGAAGCUCUAUCAGCUGUGGCUGGACUGGAGCCUGACCCAACCCAAAGGAAACCAAGUCAGAACUGCCUCCCAAGUAGAGGUAGAGUCACGGACUCUAACUAUGCUGCACAUCAUCACCCAGCAGCUCCAACCCAUUUAUGAGAACCUGAAAGCCAGCAUCCAAGGCCUCCCCAGCCACAUCCAGGAAGCUGUGUAUCAGGCCACUCGAAACAUCCACAAGCUCCAUAAAUCUUUUUCCAGUGCUGUGUCUUUCCAGGACCUCUCCAGCACCACCCUGACCCGGAGCCAGGACCGGGUGGCAGAAGCCCGAAGGUCUCUAGAUGUUCUCUUAGAGUAUGUAACUCAGAACACUCCUCUCAGCUGGGUUGUGGGGCCCUUCAAGGCAGUAGCUCCCGUGUCACAGGGGAGCAGAAAGCAGAAGAAGGAAGAUUUGGUGCUGGAAAAGGCCACAUCAUCAGAGGAGGGGGCUAAGACACCCGAAGAACCAAAGGGAGCACACGAGAUCCUAGGGGAAGGGAGUGAAGUGCUGGAGAAACUGGAAGAGAAGGCAGAGAAAGACGCAGAGGUGGCACUGGCUGCAAAGGAGGUAAAAACUAAAGCACCAGAGGAGGAUCUCUGAAGAACUGCAGCUCUUCCGGCCAUGGCUCCCUGGCUAGAACAUCACUUUGUCUUUUAAUCAUGUGCCAUGAGUGCCUCCUGCUCCCUCACUGAGCCUCCAGUGAGAUGUGGUUUGGAAGGAGACUCAAACCCAAGUGGGCUGAGUCCAUCCCUUGAUCUGCUAUUCCUUGUAAAUCCUGCUGCUGCACUGCAAGGGAAGAUGGGGCCCUCCCUGUCCUUUGGCUUCUGAAGUCAGCCCGGGUGUGUGUGAAUGGGUGCCUCUUGCUGAAAGGAGCUGUGGGAGAGAAGCAGUGAUUUCCACUUAGUUUUAAUGUUGGAUUUGGGUUUAAUUCACACGAGCUGCUCUACAGGAGGAUGGGCCUGACCUCCUCGGGCAAGUUUUAAACAUCCACAUUCCAGGUUACCUUCCUUUCUGCCUCUUGUGCUUCCGGAGAGGCUCAGCCCCAGACUGGGGCAGCGGGGGGAGAGGCUGCCUCAUAAAGGGACUUACCCCUUAUGGAUCCAACCUUUCUUUCACAGAGGAACACUGAGCGAGGUGGGGUUUUCCUUCGAGCAUGUCAAUGUACAGGGGAUUAUCUUGCCUUCAGGGAUGAGCUGUUUGUGAGUAACUCCAUACAGGCUUUGCAGCCAGAAAGUCAGUAACUGAGGCAACUUUUGCCUGGAGUUGCUCUACCACAAUGCCAGGAUAUCCUGCUAUUAAAUAGGGCUGAUAAGUGCUGGAUCUUUUCCCAGCAAACAGUGCUUUGUAAUCAUUUCUAAUGUAACUUAUUGGGGUAAUGCCUGUCCUGGCAUGGUCCCUGUGCCAAGGCUGGAAUAAGGGCAAGCAGACAUCAGAAUAAAGCAUAACCUGUGUCCAGAGAA